CCCGGCGCAAGCAUUCAUCCUUUAAAAUUCCAAACCCAACGGCCAACCAUGGCCGAAGCUUGUGGAUAUUACAUCCAGACGACCAUCUCAUGACAAUCAAGCUAGCGGUCUAUAUUUGCGAGCAUGUCUAUACCCAAAAAACUGCUUGCGCAGCGGUGGCUGCCAGUAGAGCAAUACCCGCUCACGAAAGCUAUCAACUCGCAUGUGCUUAAGAAGCUGAAACGAAGGACUAUUCUCCAGGCUAGCGUCGUGAGCGACAAACUCUGUGGUGUCCGAUGUUCUCCAACGAUUAGCUCCCUACCUGCAAAAACCCUCACCUAUCGAUAUCCUCGACCUCUGGCCAAAUGCCGGAGUUCUGUCCUCGGCGAUCCACAAAUACCUUCGUCCUCGUCGCCACCUCCUCGUCGAACCCGACCUGCUUUCCUUCGAGCCUUGGCUCACGCGUCUCGUGGACAGCGAUCCCAGUUAUAAACUAAUAUCCCAGGAAAUCUACACUCGCCGAGACUGGGCGGACGUGUUUGAAGAGCACCUUCCGGAGCAGGUACACUCCCAUGAGAAACAAAUCGCAGGCCAAUCACUACCCAGAAAUGACACCCUCCUUAUCCUGGCCAGUCCGCCCGUCCCAGCCCAAAAGGCAGACCAUUACACGCCGCAGCGAUGGUGGAGUGCGAUGAUGGAAAGCUGUAUGCAACAAAGAGGUGUACACAAAUAUGGUAGUGUCCGAAUUCUGGCAUCACUUCCGCCGGGAGAGGUGGAAGGUAUCUUACCUCGGACAGUGGCUGAACGCAGACGGCCCGCCCUGUUGACGGAGACCGUCGCGUUGCAUGCAUUUGAAGUGGCCGGUUGCUAUCAAGAAGAAGAUUCUUGGGUCACCAUCAAACCGGUGGAAGUGACUAUGAAAGGCCAAGAGCGAGUCGCAGAAAGAGCUGCAGCGCAGAGCGUUGUCGUUCCGGCUGGUCGCGAGCCUCCGCCCUAUAAACUCGCUCCAGUCUCUCUGAAGCGCGAUCGAUCAGACGUACCUCACUGUCCUCGAAUUUUUACCGAGCGGCACCAAACCCUGCUGGACGACAUCGAGGCCGGCAAUCGAGAAGAUCCAAAUAUCCCCGUUGGGAAAUCGCCGGCCAAAACGGCGCGUCAAAAAGCUCUGACUUCUCUUCAUAAGGAGAAUGUGAUCGCAUACAGUCGACACGUGCUGGCUCGUUCCGUCAUUGCGAUUGACCGGGCAUCAGAGGCUCUCUCCCGAGCCGCUGCGGAUCCCAGCAAGACGGCCGAGGAGCUUGAGCAGCUUGAUAGCGAUGUUGCCGCUCUGAAAGUCGCAUUGACUGACGAGUUCGCGAGUAUGCAUCAUCGUUUGUAUAAAAGCUGGGAUCGCCUGGUGGAUGACUAUCGUACGAUGAAUGCGUCUCCCACCUUUGACGAGUCGGUCCUGCUGUAUGAUCGACGACCCUCGGAACCAAUGCUCAUCGACAAAUUCGAGCUUUUCCCCCGCGAGCCACGCACCAUCGUGUACUUUGAGCCUGAUGCCAAUCCCGAGUUCGUUCACAAGCUCAGCCAUCUAUCAAAGCAGCAGCGGCAACACGUCGAGGGCCUUUUCGAGGCUCUGUCCUCCGUGUUCGGCCCCCGGAAUCACAUUACUCUUGGCGAACUGUUUAAGAUUCUGUUCGUGGAUCGGCCCACCAACGACAUUAUCAAGGCCGUUCCUGCGCUCGCACCAUUUGCGACGAAGCGUCUCAAGCCCGGCCACGGGCCCGUGCCACUGGCCGACCCAACGGUGGACUCGAACACGUGUUUCCAGGAGAAUCUCGACUACGACGUGAGCGAAGUGCGACUCCGCUGUAUCCCCGUUGGGACAAUGUGGGAUAUUCUACUGGAGUAUCAGAAGCAUGCGCCGGGCAUCACGGCCAUCCAAUUCAGCCGCAUGAUCGGAGGCACGCUGACCUCGUUCCGAGCCGGACGCAACCUCAUGGUGGUGCCGAAACGAAUGCACUAAAAACCCCAGCUUUUGCCUUGUUUUACCACAAGGCUGCACGUCCGCUCGUCAUUCCGCGCUUUCCCCAUCCGUUUCACGCCACUAUACAUGUACUUAUACUAGACUAGAUAGACUCUUGUUCGAUUAGCAUCUUUCCCCCCGUUUCCACGUGUAUAAUACGUCACUAGCCAGCGCCUCCCGUGACCAAUAUCAUCGAUUUUCCCUCUCACUUCCGGUAUGAAUCCUGCGAGAAUCAAGGUGCAAGGAACUACGAAUCAACCGGCGCCCGUUGACGCCCGAGACUGUAAAAAAGCGACCGCCUUAUCAACCGCAGCCGGCGGGGCACGAGGCCGAACGAUUGGUCCCAAUGGAAAAGGGCGGGCCCGGCGCAUCCUGCAAGCACCCGCCUCAUCUUCCAGGGAUGCGGUACUGGUCAGUAUUCUGUCUCGAGUACUUCGUUGACGGUAUCGUGGAGUGAAGAAAGGCCAAGUCUCGACUAAUGCCGCAUGACCGAAUGCUCUGCAUAAUCUCCAGCGCUAGCACCUUGAAAUCCUGAUUUUUUUUUUGAUUUUCCCGCUUCCCU